GCGUCGUUACGGUGGAGAGCUCUGUCGCGUGUGCUCGCCGAAGUUCUGUGCCAGCUGCUUUCAGUUUUGUUCUGCAACCUGCUAAUUUCGCGAGGAUUGUUUUUUUUGUGUGUGUGUGUUUAAUUUGCGACAAUUGAAGAAGCUUCUGCGGUGCUUGCAGGGUAUGCAAGGUUGACGACAGUUUGUCUUCCGUGUCUGUGUCAUUUUUAGUGCGAUCGACAGCCGUUUUCAACACCGACAACAGGUGUUUCUCAAGGUGGUGUGCAACACACAGAUUCGAGUUGAGAGGGAAGUGGUGUCUUCGUGCCCUGAAGGCAAAAGAAAGUGAGAUCAGAAGAAGGAAGUUGGAUGUGGUUCAAGAGUGUGGAAACAAGAAGAUAGUGUUGAUCUCAGGAAGAAGCUCAAGAGGAAACCAAGCACGCAAUCACUAAAAGUGUGUCAACGACGCUGCUGAAUGACAUAUUUCGCGCUUCUUAAAGUCACGCUGCGUCGCCCUACAGCGGAAGCUGAUCAAAGAUCGAAGAUUUGUACGUGAGGAAUUUCAAAAUUGCAAACAGGAACGUGUGUGGAACCAGAAGGAAAAGUUCAAAGUGCCGCACAACGAUCUGGAAUGUUAAUCGUAGUAGUGUCAUUGCUGCCAUUGUUGGCCCUCGUUGAAGUUGCCGCCUAGUGGGGAUUACUCACCGAGAUUUUCGCAGGGAAGAAACAGCUGGAUACAACAUACAGCACUGAAUAGUGUGCUCAGGUGUGGGUUUGAGAAUCGAAGUGCGGCCAGUACGAGUGCGUCCAUACCGGCGAAGACAAGAAGAAAAGCAAAUCAACGAAGGAAUGAACGUGGAUUAGCAGGGAAUUUUGCGCAGGAGUUGGUGGCAGAGAUUCAAGCAGGCAGUUGAUCUGUUUACAAGGUGUGCGCCAUUCGAACAGUCUGAACCUGUACAAACGACUGAUACUGGGUAGCUGAACAGCUGCGGUGUCGGAUAUCAAAGGAAUAGCUUGUUUGCAAAUAAGAUCUACCCAUAAAAAAACCACAGAACAAAGCAGAGAAGUUUGGCCAGACAAAAAAUGCUGUGAUAUAUGAGUUCACAAAUUAGAGUCGGCACCACGCCACCAUUUUUUGUUAUUCGCUCCACGCGAAUUUUAAUUUUUAAUUUGCAACUCUAAACAAAUUGCACUUUUUUUUUGUCAAAUUUAUAACCUGCCACGGUGAGGCGCAAAUUGAAUUUCUAAGGUUUGCACGCGGUGCAACCAACGAUGAUCGUGCGAGCGCACCUUGAUUGAUGAUAAUUGUCCUGUGAUUGCGCGGAACAACAAGAAGAAGAACUUCGAUUGGCAGAUCGAAUCUUGAAAAAAAGGAAAAAAAGUGUGAGUUUGUGUGUGUGCGCGGUAUGUGGGCAAGAUAAAGUGCGCGUUGAUAAGGCCCGGUGUCUGUUGCAGAUUUGAAAAUUACGUACCAACUCGCUAACGGGAUGAUGAUGCUGCGGAAAUCUUUUUAGCCGGGGAGCUUAAGGUGAAGUGUUGGUUGAUUGUUCUAAUAUCGUCACGGGUUGAGGAGAUUGAGCAAAGCGCGCGUGAUAUCGCAUUACUGUGCUAGCCAGCAGCAGCUGUUCGGGGUUGAAGAAGUAAAGUGCUGUUGUUGUCGGGAGUGAUGGUGAAAGAAGCUCACUUCUGAAUCGAUACAUCGCGCGGGUCGGGAGAGUUAAUAGGAUUGCGCUAACGAGUUUGAUCGCUAAGCGGAGAUAAGAGAUCGCGAACGACGGGCUUCUUGGAAAGCAGAUCGAUCGGUGGACGGCCAAGAUUGAGCGGCUGUUGGAGUACGAUACUAUACACGGAGAGGCAGUUUAGUUCUACGUGAGAUGUGCUGAUGGAAAGAUCUGCUGCUCAAACCGGCUAGACACGCUGGCUGGCUAUGGCCGAAGCCGCUAGUGCCUGUCAUCAUCUGGACGGAGAAACCUGCUGAACACUUACGACCGACCGACCAAACGACCAACCCACAAAAAACGAACGAAACGCUGCUGCUGUGACAGUUCGGCGUAGAAGCGUCAAACACAAUCACAAUGACCAAAGAAGAAUUAGCACCGCUAGACGCGGCGGUGACCAGAACUGGGCUCCCGUCCAGAGCAGCACCACCGUCCAGCCAUAAAAGGAUCGAGCGACGGAGGCGACGGCUGCCGAUGAUGUCCAGUAGGACGCGGAGUCCGUGGUUCCUGCUGCUGGCCGUCGUACUGAUGGUGACCCAGGCCCAGGCCGUCGACGGGAAGCUGCAGCUGUGCGAGGUUGAAACUGGGCAGACCAACAUCAUUCUGGAUAUUGAGGAGAGCCGGGGAAGUUCCGUCGGCCAGCGCACGACGCCCCCGGAGCUCCCGAUCUACGGUGACCCCGACGAGGAGAUCGCCCUGGAUCUGAUCUUCCCCAAGGGCAAGCCGACGUUCACGCUCGUCGGCAAGUCGCUGCAGCUGAUCCAUCCGCUGGACCGCGACGAGGAGAACCUCAGCCACAUCGUCUUCCAGAUAACCUGCACGAUCCGAUCGACGCGUCGCAAGCGCAACAUCCCGAUCAUCGUGCGUGUGUCGGAUGUCAACGAUAAUCCGCCGAUGUUUAUCAACACGCCGUACGAAACCACCGUGCCGGAGUCAACCCCGGUCGGGACGACCAUCUUCCGGAACGUCCAGGCCCAGGACAAGGACGCCGGUGUCAACGGCCUCGUCGAGUACUUCGUCGUCGAGGGCUCCCAGCAGAACAUCUCGGACAUCUCGCCGAACACGCUGACCGCGGCGGACGGGUACGGGGUGUUUGCGAUCGCGUACCCCCACCAGGGACAGGUCACCGUCGUCAAAACGUUGGAUUACGAGCGCAUUCAGCGGUACUACCUGACCAUCGUCGCUUCGGAUCGUGCACGCAACGCGUCCGAGAGGCUAUCAGCAACGACCACGCUGACGAUCGAUAUUGCCGACUCCGACGAUCAGGAUCCGUCCUUCAUCUACCGAGGAUGCGUCCUGCUGGACGGUGCCUGCUUGAACCCGGAGUACAGCGCAUCCGUUCCGGCCGGAACUCUCCAGGGAGUUCUCACCGUGACUCCAGAACGGAUCCAGGCCGUCGACCUGGACACAAUCAGUGCACCCAUCCGAUACUCGUUCCUCAGCGGUAUUCCCGGCAAUUACGACGACUACUUCGAGAUCGACCCGCAAACCGGAGUGCUGAAGCAGACCAAACUGGUGGACUCGUCAGUGACGGCGAAAAAGUUUGACAUCAGUGUCAAAGCGGAAGAGGUGUCCGAAAUGAAGCGAUUCGCAACCGCGAAGCUCACGAUCCACGUGAAACCGGUUGACGCGUUCCCACCGGUGAUCAACAUAACCUCAACCGAAGGUUACGUCGACGAAAACUCCCCAAUCGGAACGACCGUAACCGAUUCCAAAGGCAAACCAAUCCGUCUAACAACCACCGACGCCGACGCCGGCUCGGACGACGAACAGGUCGAGUACAUCUACGAAGUAACCACUCCCUCCUUCGUGGUCUCCAAAGCCGGGAUCCUCCAGGUCAACGAAGAGGGUCUCGAUCGCGAUCCUCCCAGCCAGGGUAAGUACCGCUUCCAGGUGGUAGCCCGCGAAGCCAACGGCAACGCCGCGAGCGCCCCCAUGAGCAUGACCGUCCACCUGAACGACGUCAACGACAACGCACCCAAACUGGCGAUGGUCGCCCCAGUCACCCUCACCGCCGGUGAUGGCCGUCGACUCGUCACCAAAGUGUCCGCCACCGACAAUGACGCCGGUGAAAACGCCGUCGUAACCUACUCCAUCUUCCACGUGUCCAACAACGGCGCAAGCAAGUUCACCGUCGACCCAAAAACCGGAGAAAUCGAGACACGAUCGCGACUCAACGCCGGCGAGCAGUACAGCAUCACUGUGCAAGCGGCCGACAUCGGCGGCCUAACCUCACAAGCGAUCGUUGAAGUCUCCGUAACCCCCGGACCGAACACGAAACCCCCGCGGUUCGUGAAACCCGUCUACGACGUGCAGGUCAGCGAGGGAGCCGAAAUCAACUCCACCGUGAUCGUGGUGAAAGCGGAAGAUCCGGAAAGUGACCCGGUCAAGUACGCGAUCACCACCGGGAACGACUUGCGACAGUUCUCGAUCGGUAAGGAAAGUGGCGUCAUCAGCGUGAUUCGCAAGCUCGACCGGGAAGACCUCACCCGAUACCAGCUGAUCAUCCGAGCGGAGGACAAUGGAGGUCUCGCUAGCAGCGCCACCGUCAACAUCAAGGUCACCGACAUCAACGACAAGAACCCGGAGUUUGACGAAAACAAUCUUCCUUACGUCUUCUCCGUCGACGAAGGCAAGGACAACGUGGUGAUCGGGACGGUUCGGGCCACCGACGCCGAUGAAGGAAUGAACGCCGAAAUCACGUACACUAUCCCGUCAGAUAUACCCUUCAAGAUCAACUCGCGAACGGGUGAGAUUCGUACGAAAUCCCAACUAGACUACGAAAAGCAGAAGGAGUACAAAUUUGUGGUGACGGCGCAGGAUGGUGCGCCGGAACCGAGACUUGGCACCGCAAGCGUGACCGUGAAGGUGCGGGACGUCCCAGAUGAGGUGCCGCGGUUCAUGGAGUCUGUGAUCGAGGUAAAGAUUCCGGAGAACGUACCCGAUAUGGCGGUGACGACGGUGCGAGCGUUCGAUCCGGACACCAAGCCGGAGAUCACGUACUCGCUGAAGCGUGGUCCGGGAGAUUUGUUUAAGAUUGACGCCAAGACGGGGCUGAUCAAGACGAUUCGAGGGUUGGACUACGAGAAGGAUAAGAUCCACGAGCUGAUCGUGGGAACGCUGGAGAACAACGGAACCAAUCCGGGGGAUUACAUCAAGGUAAUGGUCGAGGUUGAGGAUCGCAACGACAUUCCGCCGGUGUUUGUGUCGAUUCCGGAGCCGAUUAACAUCAAUGACGAUUUGCCGAUUGGAGCGAUCGUUGGAUCGAUGCCGGCAGUUGAUGGUGACGGGUCAUCACCGGGUAAUGUCGUGCGGUACGAGAUGGUUGGUCGGGGGAAGGCUCUGAAGUACUUCCAGGUGGAUCCGGACUCUGGGAUUGUGAGAAUUCGGGACGAGCUGAACAAGGAGGACGACACGGAGUACUUGGUGGAUGUGAGGGCAUACGAUAUGGGAGAGCCCCAGCUGAGCUCGGUCGCAACUUUGCCGAUCUACGUCAGUCACAUCCCGGCGAAUCCAAACGGAGAUUCGGCGGAAUCACGAGUGGAUGCUGGCGGUAUUGUGAAUCUGGAGGUUCAAGGAUUGGCCUUCAGUGACGACAGUUACACGACGAGCGUUCCGGAAUCUACCGGAAUGAACGCUACGAUCAAGUUGAUCCAGAUCAUCAACUCGAAGAAAGCUACCAAGCACAACGGUGGCUUCAAGUGUGAGAUCAUCAAGGGUAACGACAUCAACCUGUUCCGCAUUACAGUGGAAGAUCACGCUUGCGGGUUGGUACUGAACGGUCAACUCGACUACGAAACGACCACGACGCAUAACCUGGAGGUCCGUCUGGUAUCGAACAAGUACUUUGUGAACCAGCACAAGAACUUUGCCCAGGUUAAGGUGAUCGUGCAGGACGACAACGACAACGUGCCAAUGUUCCAGUUCCCGACCAACUACGGCAAGAGCAUACGAAACGACACCUACUACACGGUGAUCAACGCCAACGCGGAUAUGGACACUCCGCUGCUUACGGUGAAGGCGGUGGACAAGGACGCUGGGUUGUUCGGACAGGUCAAGUACCACAUCUACGACGAGCGGGUCAACGAAAUCCCGAACGACGACUCGCCGAGUUCGUUCUUCACGAUCGGUGAGGACAACGGCAUGCUCAAAACGCAGAAGAGUCUGCAGUCGGUAAAGCAGACGCCGCUGGUGUUUGUCGUGGAGGCGCGCGAUAACAACGGGGAUCCGCUGGCUGGGGUUGUCCAUAAGGCGAAGGCGCGUGUUGUGGCGAACUUGAUCUCGGACGUGAAUCGGAUGACGUUGGUGUUUUCCGAUUCGGCACCAAAGGACGUGAGGAGACACGUGCGGGCGUUGGAGGAGCUGCUGCACGAGAAGUCUACCGGGUUGAUAACGGGGAUUGAGAGGUUCAGCAGGCGGAAAAUACUGAAUGCGAAUGGGACGGUUGAGGAGUUGAUUGGAUCCACGGAUGUGUGGUUCUACGCGAUCGAUCCCAAAUCGGAGAAGAUCCUGGAGCGAAAUUCGUCCAUGGUAAGUAGCAACAUUUUGGCUCCGGCGGUCAUGUCGCAGAUCAACUACGAAGCUUCGAGUAUUGCUCGAGCCACCGCUCAGGGAAUUUUUGGUCCGGUGGAGCCCAAGCAGCAGAUCCAGAAGGUGAAGGCCGUCGUUGGUGUGAACGAGGAAGUUUUCCCGUACGCGCUGAUCGCGGUCGCCGUGGUGAUCCUGAUCCUCGGCUCCAUCGGUAUUGUGUACAUCUGCAUAUCCUGGUCAAAGUACAAAAACUUCAAGCAACGCAUGCGCCAGUACAAUGCCCCCGCUAGUCCGGUUCGCUACGACCCCGUAAUCAUCAAUUCCCAGGCCACGCAAGCCGCCGAGAACCAGACGAGUCUCAAAGAGUACGAGACCCAGGUGCUGGCGAUGGCCGUCCCGUUAGACGAAGGCGACGACCUUCAGCUAGACUUUAGCGCCAAGAACCAUGCCUUCAGCCUGGACAACGUCAGCUACAUCACGCACAAAGAGAACGGUCAGAACAGUCCUACCAACUCCGACGCGACGACGGCUGUUGUGGGUACUUUGCAGCGUAACAACAACAACAACACCAAGAACAAUAACAACCUGAACAUCAACAACCGGCAAAACACGCUCAACCGAACGCUCGAGAUGAACCGCAACAACUACCUGAACCCGCUGGGCGCCGUCAGCAACGGAACGCUGCCCGGCACGCUCACCCUCGGUCGGAUAAAAUCCGAGCGGAACAACUACAUUAAUGGCUACGGCGACACCCUGAACCGGAACAACCUGUCGAUGGCGCAGAACAACUCGUUCAACACGCUCGGCCGGAACCAUCGGAACAACAUCAACAACCACCACAGUCACCACAACGGAAACGGUGGUGGUGGGCCGACCCACGCGGAGAUCGUGACCAACACGCUGGGCAGGAACAACCGGUACACGGACGUGCCCGUCAGCAAUCCACUGUUCCACAUCCGACAAAACGGCGACCUGCAGUCCCAGCAGCACCUGAACCACACGAGCCCCACCAACGAGAACGUGACCUUCGGCAAGCGGGACUACGCCAACGCUACGCUUUCCUUCUCCUACCUGAACGAUCUGGACCGCUCGGACGCGGAAACGACCACCGAGCUGUAGAAAAAAUAGUUCAACCACCGUGUACAGAAUGACGCCAUUUUUGAGUGUGAGGAUAAUUUUUUAAAUGAUGAUGAACGGAGUAGUUCAAACUGCCGAUAGGAUUAGGUGAAUAUCUUUUACAAGUUUUUAGCCUGCCGUUGUUUUUAUGUUUUAAUAAGUUUAGUUAGCUGCAAUAUUUUAGUUUUUUUUUAACUCUUUCGUUCUCCUGUCCCCUUUUUUAUAUUUUACAACCUUAUUUUCUUAUGUAAAGAUAUGUGGCAUUUUCUACGUUUACUGCUAACCAAUUCUCAAACGAAUCAACCUACUCCUGCUUUAUAUGAUAGACUCGUACAAACUGCGAAGUAAUCUUACAAUUUACAUUAUUUAUAUCCGUACCCUGCUAGAAAAAAAGGUAAAGAAAGCUGUAAAAAUAAGAGAAGAAAAACGCCUAGGAAAAUAGAACAUGGAAGAUGGCAGCAAAUUUUCCAAACUGUACAUAUCGAGUCAUUGAGAUAGGUAAUAUUAAAACACAAAAAAAACGCGACCUUUAAACUUAACAACAGGAGCAUCGCCAGGGAGAAGAACCAAACCGCGAUCGCUCCAGGAACUGAACUAUGCUGUCCAUUUGUGUAAGGAAAUGGAGACGCAAACGAAAACAAGCAAUACUGGCUAGAGUUACUCAAUUUUACAUACCACACAACCAACCACGUUUUGUUGGAAUUGUUUGAAUCGGAGAAAAAAAAUGUGUAGUUGAAGAGAUCGUGUGCGAAUAAAAGGAAAAAUAAAGUGUGAAUGUGUUACUUUGUAAGGGAAAGCAAUUUUACUCGAAAAGCGCUGUAAAAAGUCGUAGAAAUAUUGAAAUAAAUCCGUCGAGAUGAGAUUAUUUAA